CGGCGGCUCCAGCGGCGCGCGGGGCGAGCGACGUUGCCGGCCAUGGCCUCGGAGGAGCUGGCGCAGAAGCUGCAGCGGCGGCUGCUGCUGGAGGAGAGCGGCCCGGCGGCUGAGGGGGAACCGGGCGCGGAGCCGGCCGAGGAGCCGGCCGAGGAGCGGAGCUGCCUCACGGCCAACGCGGACUCGGAGCUGAGCGCUAAGCUGAGUCGGCGGCAGGACAUCAACGAGGGCGCGGCGCGGCCGCGGGCCGCCGCCGUCUUCAAUCCUUACACGGAGUUCAAGGAGUUCAGCAGGCGGCAGAUCAAGGACAUGGAGCGCAUGUUCCGCCUGUAUGACUCUGGACGGGAUGGGUACAUCGACCUCAUGGAGCUGAAGCUGAUGAUGGAGAAGCUGGGAGCCCCGCAGACCCACCUGGGCCUGAAGAACAUGAUCAAGGAAGUGGAUGAAGACUUCGAUGGGAAGCUCAGCUUCCGUGAGUUCCUGCUGAUUUUCCAUAAAGCGGCAGCUGGGGAGCUCGAGGAGGACAGUGGCCUGAUGACACUUGCAAAGCUGUCGGAGAUAGAUGUCUCCAUCGAAGGAGUCAAGGGAGCCAAGAACUUCUUUGAAGCUAAGGCUCAAGCUCUGUCUUCAGCCAGUAAGUUUGAAGCGGAGAUAAAAGCUGAGCAGGAUGAGCGGAAGCGGGAAGAGGAGGAAAGGAGAAACCGCCGAGCAGCUUUCAGGGAGCUGAAGUCUGCGUUUAGCCAGUAGCAGACUGGCCAACAUAGGCUCUGAGAUUGCACAUGACUUGGUACGUUUCCCAGAUCAGGGUUCUACCUGGAGAGUACUGCCUGGAUCCUGCCUGAAACUUGUUACAGCUUCUGUAGCCUUCCUCUCUGAAGAUCCUUCUGAAUUGCUAAGGACGCAACUCUUGCAGUUACUGUGCACUUGCAACAGUGUGAACCGUAAGAGCUGUGUAUGUGCUGUUUGCUCAGAACCACCAGAAGCGCAUCAUCCAGAAGCUGAAACAGCAAGUAGCAAAUCAUGGGUGAGCACUGACAAGUGUUGUUUGCCUACUUCAUUCUUUCCUCCUUUUCUAUGCACCAUUUCCUCGUAACUCCUUACUAAUUCAUUCCUUGCUUACAGGCAAGUAGUGAGGUCUUGUGUGAAUCAGGGUGUAYGAAGUACAGAUGUGUUUCCUGUAUGUUUGUACUGCUGUUGGGUGUUGUCACACAUCCUUGACUCUUCCCCUUGUCCUCCUCAAAGCCCUGUGCCACAGGCACUGUGAAAACACUGUGAAGAGAGAGAGAGAGAGUUAC